AAUGGCGGUUUAAGCUGGCACUUUCUCCCACAUUACAUGUCAAUUAUUUUGUGCAAGAAGGCAGCCAUUCUUUCACCUAUUCAGGAACUAUGGGGAAAGAGCAAGACCUUCUACAAGCUGCAAAAACUGGAAAUGUCGCACACAUCGAGAAGAUUCUCGGUAAUAAGACAAGGAAGUCUGGAAUUCAAAGUUUGAUGAGCAGGACCGUCAACCCUAAUCAUCAAGACGAACUUGGAUACACUCCGCUUCAUUACGCAGCAUUAAAUGGUCACAGGUCAUCAGCUGAGCUUCUUUUAAAAUAUGAUGCUUCAACAAACAUUCCAGAUACUUCUGGAAACUACCCCCUUCAUUUGGCAGCAUGGAAUGGCCAUGCUGAUGUGGCUAAAGUGCUCAUAAACACAGGACCAUCAAGAGCUAAUGUCAAUGAACAGAAUGAUACAGAGGACACAGCUUUACAUUCUGCCUCUCAGUUUGGGCAAAGUCUUGUUGUAGCUGUUUUACUUGAGAAUCAUGCAGAUCCUCGUAUUCUAAACAGUCGUCAGGAAUCACCACUUGAUUUAGCAGCACAGUAUGGUCGAAUGGAAGCUGUCAAGCAGUUGUUGAACUAUCAUCCUGAUCUCCUUGAAGAUGGAAAUAUGGUUAGAACGCACACCCCUCUUCAUCUUGCUGCAAGAAACGGCCAUAUAAAUGUGGUGUCAUAUUUCCUUAGUUGUGGAAUGGAUGUCAAUAUAUCGGGUACAUCUGGAACAGCCCUUCAUGAAGCAGCAUUGUAUGGCAAAGUGGAUGUGGUUAAUCUUCUUCUACAGUGUGGAAUUGAUGUCACUGUUGUGGAUGGCAACAACAAAACAGUGUUGGACCUUUUAGCAUCACACCCUUCUGGAAGAACAAGGGAGAUAAAAGAACUAAUAUAUGCCUCCAGCCUCAAAGAGCCUGUUUCUUAUUUAAGGCGGCAAAACACUGAGUUCAAACCAAGUACAAGAAACUCAGCAAGGACAUCAGACACAUUUCCUGGGUUCCCCGAGCGUCCUAAGUCAAUGGCUGUUUCCAGGAGUUCAACCUAUAAACCUGUUCCACGUCAGACAGGUUUGGAUCCAAAUGCCCUUCGAAGAUCAGGGACUUACGAUGCUGUGCCUAUCCCACGAACGAGACAGGAGUCAUUUGAGCAGCCAACUUAUGAUCAGGUACCACCAGCUAAAGCUGCGUCUGCAAGACACACUACUGACUGGACUCAAUAUGAAGAAGUAGGGUCUAGACCUCCAAUCAAUAACAAUUUGACGUCUGCUGGUGAAGGGUACACCCUAUUGGGUUUCCCUGAGCAACCUGCCACAGACGCACCACCCGCGUUAAGUUCCCAGGAGAUCACUGUUGGUUACACUCUUGUGGGACUUCCAGGCAACCCUAGUGCAGUCACUAAUGGUAAAUGCCCACUGCGACCAGGCAGUACCUAUGCCAAAGUGCGGAAAGAAGGUGAGCCCAUUGUCUCGCCUUGGACAGGGCCUCCUUCUCAAAUACCGGCGGGCAUAGCUAGCAUAGACAAUCCUGACUAUUGUUUGGUUGGUGAGACCACCCGUCCACAUUCACAGUCGCAGAACCAAAGUGGAGGCACUUAUGACCUUGUUAAUCUGCCAUCAGGACCGAAACCUGAUGUAAACCAACAUGAUAGUGUCUAUGAAGUCCCCCCUGCAACAUUAAGGGGAAAAGGCAAUGGUCAGGAGGAGAAUGGCCCUCCCGUUCAAGUCCCCUCUAGAGUUCCAAGGGGUCAGUCGUUUAAUAUGUACGAAAACACCAGUAUUGGAAAUCAGCCGGUCAAUCAGCCGGUCAAUCACCCAAGACAGGAAGCGACUAAUUACGACUUUGUGUCCCUCCCACCACGAAAAGCUACAAUGGAACAGCCCUCUUACGACAUAGUUCCUCCACUGAGUCGAACAUCUGAGAAUCAGCGAGGUAGCCCGGAGGUGAGCUCCUCUGCUGCAGGUGGCACGACUCUAACAAACCGAUCCUGCCCCUUGGAUGCACCAGGGUACGAGAUUGUACAACCACGAAACCUAAGCUCUUUCGCUGGCGACUCAGCGCCUGAAAUGAAACCCUUUGCUUCUCUGCCUGGGUAUGAACCCAUGCUCCCACCCCAAGAUGAGGGAUACGAAAAGCUGGGCCCUCCAGUUGACAUCCAACAGCAGCUAAGCAGCCGUGGAGACUAUGAAACCCUUGCCAUGGUAGGUCCUCAAAAAACAGGGUCUCAGACAGAACCAGCGCGAGUGACCCAGCAACAGACCAGCGCAGUGAACAUUCCUGGCUCGUCAUCUCUGUAUGAGGUGCCCCCGUCUAUGGUGUCUCCCGUGUAUGAAAUUGCACCAUCUCCACGAAACGUGCCUCCGCUUCCCCCUCGACCAGCACAGCCAACCCCUCCGACCCAACCCCCAGUUAACUUUGGAGUUCAGUGGAUCGAGAAGGAACCGGAACAAGCUCGGCCUAAGCUCCCCCCACGGAGAAUGAAUGAAUAUUGCGACUGGCACUCGCUCAAGAAACAAGAUCCCACGUCACCUGGGAGGCCCCCUAAGUCUGGGGCCUACGAAAUAGUGCGCCUUGAGGGCUCAUCAGAGGUAGGAACGGUAGACUUGGACAAAUUGCGGUGGAGAGAAAGUCGUGGUUCUGGGGGAGACUAUUGUACACUGUCACCUUCGGCCGUAGGACCUGGCGAAACUCUAAACAGAGACAGCAUUGCUUCCAGCGAGAUGUCGAAUAUGUCAGAACCUACAAUGACACCGCCAUUUUCUCCUCCGUCGCCAAACACUGCUGAAGCCUCAGUAUUUGAUGUUUUCGGAUCGUUACAAUCCUCAGAUAUGACGACAAUUCCGGAGGCUCCCGAAGUUGUACAAGAUCAACCACGACCCCCCCGACCCAUUCCACGCAAAAGGACCAAACCGAAACUUCUUCCCCGCAACGACAGUUUGCACGAUGAAGAUUACGCAUCUCCACAGGGGGAACCUACGAGAGCUGAAAGCAGUACUGUUUCUUUUGAGAGGAGUCAAGACCCGUUUAGUUUUCCUCCUGCAAUGGCUUCCGCGCAAGAGAUGGACAGCCCGAAAAACAGUGAUUUUGCCGAGCUACAUAAGCGCUUUUCGCCGCAUUCUUCGCGCGAAAAUAUCUUUUCUGAUGUGAACGCUGCACUCGGUGGAGAGCGGCAAGAGCCCGACGGAGCCGAAACUCAAACUGAUGCGAGGCCUUCGCCGUUGGUUUAUGAAAAUGUGUUGUUUAGACGAAGCGAUGAAGUAAACAAGAACUCGCCGGGUGAAACCCGCGAGAAUGGAACUGUUGCGAAGAAAGAUGAUUCUGUUGAGAGGCCUGAUUCAUAUAGGUUAAGCACAUUGUCAGCGGAUAGCCCCAUGGACGAGAGAGAGGAAUGGGAAAAGAUCGAAGCCUUCCUGUCUUCAAUAUCUCAGAUUGAUAUGCCUCAGACUUUAGAGCUACAGAUCGCUGAUGCAGGCAAGGCAGACACUGUAGCGGGCUGGCUGAAGGCACUGGAUCUUGAUCAGUACGAGUCGUGUCUGGUGGCCAAUGGAUUUGACAAUAUCAUGUUCUUGAAUGGGGUUCUUGAAGAUGAUGAUCUUAUGGAUAUAGGAAUUGUGGACUUUAACCACAGAAGAACCAUCAUGGAAGCGGUGAAGACCUUAAAACCCUGUCCCCGGCUCAACGACCCUGCGUCAGCAAAGCCUGAGAGUUUGGAGGACUGGUUAGAGCUUCUGAGUCUCUCUGAGUACUAUGAUGUGUUUCAACACAAUGGUUUUACCUAUAUGGAGAGAAUACACAGGCUAUGGGAAGUGGAGCUAACGUCGGUUCUGGAAAUAAACUCUCUCGGUCAUCGGAAACGAAUUAUGGCUUCAUUAAAAAAGGAAGCGAAGAAAAAAGAAAGAGAAGAACCAUUAGAAAACACAAAGCUUGAAGACAGUAGUGCUGCUCUCGAAGUACAGUUAGCGGAGCUCAAAAUGUACUGCCCAGAUGAGAAACCGCCGACCAUAACAACCGCCGGAGCAACAACCGAAGAUGACCUGCUGGCGGCUGCCGAAGAGUUGAUGACUGGUCCUGAAAAGGCGAAUGAAAGGAAGUCAAAGGAAAAUGGGUCUAUGAAGUGGAAACACGAACCCUCAAUGUUGAUAUCAUGGUCAGUAAUCACGACAUCAGAAACAUAUCGUACAUCACACAGGAUCCAGAAGACAGAACAGUGUUUGCUUAUAUCGCUAGAGACGCUAAGACAAACAGCCAUUACUGUCACGUGUUCAGAAUGGAUAAUAUGACUAUGUCAGAUGAUAUUACUAUGACGAUAGGACAAGCUUUUGAGCUUGCCUUCAGUCGCUUCAAGCAGUCUUAGAAACGCCAACUGGAAUGGUGACAAGAUGGAUGAUCUGCCAAAACAGAUCGUCAAGCCCAGCGGAAUAGAUCCAUUCAUUCGUCUUGCAUCAUUAAAAUUCAAGUAUCGUACGCGGAAGAGAAAAGGGACUUAAUUUCAUGGCAGUGUUUAAAAAGGUCAAAAUCGGCUACUUUUACCGAGAAGCUGGUUAUAAUAUACUUCUAGCGUGACAUGGCGUAUUUAGCAUUGCGUGACAAGAUGCCUGAUAGUGCCAUAGUUGAGCGUCACGCAAAUAACAGCUGCAAACAAGGAAAUGUUCGCGUGCCUUAAGGCUGUUUCUUUUGAUGAAGACAAAUUGUUUGCAUGAAAAAGUUCAACGUUCUCUUUCAAAUGACUUAGUAGAAGAGUUGUGCAUGCCACAUGUAUUCGCUUCAAUUAAGUGAUUGCGUUUCUAAGCCGUUUGAUUGGCUGGGACUGGACGAAAUCGUUACAUAGGGGUAUAUAUAUAUAUAUAUGUAUAUAUAUAUACAGCUUAUUAUUAUUUUUAUCGUCACGGCUAAGAGACGAACGAUCUUCAACUAUUUAUACCACCUGAUUUAAGAAUGAUCCUUUUGUGAUCAAUUUACGUGUUUACCAAACAAAUCAAUUUAUCGAUAAGGUUGAAUUUAAAUGAACCUGCUACAACGGGCACCUACCCUUCCAUCAAAUGAGGCAUCCCCCUCUGCCAUCGCUGCCAUGAUUAGUCACGUGAAUGUGACCAAUGGUACAUUGUCCAGUUGGUGUGACUCAACCGUAUUUCAGGUAGAAUUUUAUUUUGUAUGUUUACUAGAUAGGUUCCAAUUUUUAUUUUUUAGCAAAAUAUUUUUAAAAAAAAUACUUUUUUAUAAAUGGUUUAUUUUUUGAACUUACACAAAAUGAGAUUGAAGUAGCGAGGUGUGACUAAUUUAAAUAAAAUCUUUGAUCAAGCGCUGUUCAACGUGCUAGGGCGACGGUUUUAUCCAAGCGAUUUUGAAAAAAAAUUAUUUGUGCAGAAUGCUUAAUAAAUUUGACUUACUUGUU